ACGGGCUGCGGUCAAAAUUUACUUUGAAGUGCAACAUGUGCAAUAUGCAAUUCAUAUUGUCUACUGAGGACGAUAGACGGGAAUCAAUGGGCAUAAAUACCGCGAGUGUUGCUGGUGCAAUGUGUAUUGGGAUUGGCCAUUCCCAGCUACAAGAACUCCUCUCUUCAAUGGAAAUUCCAGCAAUGUCUGCUGUGUCAUAUUCUGGAUACCACGACACGCUUUCUAAGGGAUGGGAAGAUACUGCGCUCGAAGAGAUGAAGUCAGCGGCAACGGAAGAAAUAGCACACGCCAUCGCCGAAGGUCAAGUUACCCCGGACGGAACGCCGAUCUUGACCGUUGUGGCCGACGGGAGCUGGGCGAAGCGGUCCUACCGGACAAACUACAACUCUCUGUCUGGAGUGGCAGCAAUUGUUGGCUUCAACACCAAGAAAGUUAUUUUCCUUGGAGUCCGCAACAAGUAUUGCACUGUAUGUGCACGAGCUGCCAAGACUGCUCGCCCCCCUUCGGAGCAUGCCUGCUUCAAGAACUGGACUGGGAGUUCACCUGGUAUGGAGACAGAUAUAAUACUGGAAGGUUUUUCACGCAGCAUGGAGAUGUACGGCGCCAUGUACGGCAAAGUGUUAGCGGAUGGUGACUCCAGCGUGUAUGCCACUCUCUAUGAAUCAAGACCCUAUCCGCAUUUAACAAUUGAAAAAAUUGAGUGUACAAACCACCUGCUCCGAAAUUUUUGUAACAAGCUCAAAGAAGUCGGCCAAAAAACCAGUUUAGGACCUAAACCAUUGAGAGAUGUUGUAAAAAAAAAUAUUCUUCGUCUGCGAACUGCAGUAACAAAAGCAGUCGAGCAUAGGAAAACAAAUGACUCGGAAAAUGUCAAUAAUGUUUCAAGUUUGAUGAAGGAUAUAAUAAACAGUCCUAGUCAUGUGUUUGGCGAGCAUCUGAAAUGCCGUGAAAUUGGGUAUUUUUGUGAUGGUCCAAAAGACAACGAAAAGAACUAUGUGCCAGAAUUGAAAGAAGCUGGGAUUUACACUGAAGUAAUGUCAACAGUAGGGAGCCUUGCCGACCAUGCCAGAAGUUUGAUGAUGAAAAUGAACAACAACACUGCAGAACAUUACAACUCCAUUGUAGCAAAGUUUAUCGGUGGGAAGAGGGUCAACUUUGCUCUGAAAAGAUCCUAUAAAGCUAGAUGUUUCGCAGCGGUGGUGUCUCAUAACAGUCAACUUCCUUUAUACAAACUCCACAAGAACAUGUACAGUAAAAGCCCAGGGAAGAUUUUAAAAAGACACCAACUAAAAAAGAAAAGAAUACUGGAACAACGGGCCUUAAGAAGGAUUGCAAAUCCUAACAGGAGGAAACAGAGACAGGUUCCUGCUAAAGAAACAAGUGACGGAAUCAGACACUAUGGAGGAGCUGCGAUGAAAGCAGACUUGCCCGAAGAAAUCUACCAAAUUAAAAAACAAAUAUUUCUAGAAGCUCUCCAACGUACUGAAGAGGAAAAAAUGAAGUUGGAACGAGGGACGCUGUUACAGGCUGGGAGCGGACUCUGGAAAGAAGAGAGGAGAAAACUUUUGACUGCGUCAAAUUUUGGCAUUGUAUGCAAAAGACGGAAAAGUACAAGCUGCGCGGGACUCGUAAAAAAUCUCUUGUACCGUGAUGUACAAACUCCAUCAAUGUUUUAUGGAAGGGAAAAUGAAACGCAAGCCCUAACGGCGUUUGAAAAGAAGACUGGCCUCACCGUAAGCAAGUGCGGAUUGUUUGUUGACAAAGACAUUCCGUACCUCGGCGCAACCCCAGAUGGUCUUGUAGGAGAUGAUUGCAUCGUCGAGGUAAAAUGCCCUGCAUCUUGUAGUGAACUGACACCGGAGGAAGGGAUUCUUAGGAGGAAAUUUACAUUUUGGGAUGUAAGUAGGAAUAAAACCGAGGUGGAAGCAAUUAAUAAAAAACACAAUUAUUUCUACCAGGUCCAAGGUCAGCUCCACAUUACACAACGUAAAUAUUGCUAUUUCGUAAUGUGGACCCCUAAAGGAAUGCGGAUGGAUGUUAUAGAGAAAGACGACGAAUUUUGGGACAGUCACAUGAGAGACCAACUUCAAGAUUUUUACCUGGACUGCCUGCUGCCUGAGCUUGUCGAUCCUAGGCAGACAAGAUCGAUGUCUAUCCGCAAUCCUCAGUACAUACUCGAGGCCAUGGAACAAGCCAAAUUAAAGAGGAAAUAACCAGACGUAUCUCAUCCGGCUUUUUACAUUUUAAAUCCUGUUUUGUUUAUUUGUAUUUGUAUAUUUUUGUGUAGGUUAUACUGUAUCAUCUUCAGGUAUAAUAUUUAUUUUAUUUACUGUAUUUAAUUUGGGUUUAACAUCAUAAGGGUUGUUGUAUAGUUGAUUUUUAAUACGCAUUUUGUAUAGGUAGUUACAUAUCAAUGUAUUUGUAUAUUUUACAGUUUAAAAUAAUUUAUUUUAUUAUUUGUCGUCUACAGUACUAGAAAAUUAUUUAUUAGUUCCUAAUUCUUCGCAAAAGCUGCUAUAAACUGUAAAUAUUAUUAUUAUUAUGUGAUAUAGCCAGUUUGUGCUGUACACUAUUUCCGUGUGUACGUUUGAUGAACAGUAUUUCAUUUUAGAUCCUGCAUUGUAUAUUUGUAUUUGUUUAUAUUUGUUUUACCGGUCUUCAGUAAUAAUUAUAUCGUAAUAAACCAUAUCCGUAUGUAGGUUGUACUGUAUUAUCUUCUUGUGUAAUAUAUUUGAUUAAUUUUGUUUUCGAAAUCCUAAGGUUUGUUUAACAAUUUAUUCAUCAGUAUUGUAUCUUGUAUUGUACGAUUGUACUUCUUAUUCACGGGAUUUCAUUUUGUAUAAUAAGAGGUUUCACAAUGUUGGUCAUACGUCCCAUUUUCUUUAGAUGUAUAGUAAUGUACUUAAUCUUUUCUUUUUACUCAUAACACUGGUCGUUUACAUUUUAACGCAUAACUUUUUUAAUGAAACAUAUUAAUUUUUAUUUGCAAUGUACUAAUUUUGAUUUACUCACUUUGUGAUUCCAGGGACAUGAUACAAUACAAGCGUAACAUAAUUACUUGUGUCUUGUUUGGCUUAUUCAACCAUGUUUAGUUAUAUCCUUUAGUUGUUUAUAAUACAGCAUUAUUCGUAAAUAUAAUUGCUAUGUCUGUUUGGUUCAUUACAUGGAACACCUUUAUUUUAUCGGAACAAAUCAA